CCUGCAAAAUGUCAGUGUGCCUCCGACCACAGCAGGUGCUACCAGAGACCAGGCUCUCUUGGUUAUUGUGCUGCAGUGCCCUGAGGUCCCCAGCCUCAGGCUACAUGAUAGUGAGCUCAGUGUCCUGGGCUGUCACCAACCAGGUGGAGGAGGAGCUGGACAGCUGUUCCACAGAGGAGGCAGUACCCACGCUGCUGGAGGACUUGGGCAGUAUAUGGCAGCAGAGUCUCCCAACCUCAGUGCACAAGGAGGACCCACACCUGCAGUUCCCCACUGUGAGCACCGCCCAUGCUAGGCUGCCUCCCGUGCACCCUGUGUUCUCCUGCCCACAGGAAAGCAGCUCUAGGCUGUGCCUGGGCACCGCCCGUUUCCUGGUCCACACCAGUGCCUGGGGCUCUCUGGCUAUGCUAUCCACACAUGAGAAGGAAUGCCCUAAGCGCUGUGACCUUUCCGGGUUCACAGAGAGCAAGUCAGGAUUCCCGAUGGGACAAUUGGUUAUGAGGAAGUGGCCUCACUAGUAUGAAUGAUUCUUUAUGAAGAUGAGGAUAGAACACAUCUGGCUUCAUAAAUGGUAUAGAGGAGUAUCAGGAAUUCCAAGGGAGGAAUAUUUCAAAGCAUUUCGAAGAAAGGCCUGAUGGUGUGAGAAGCAAGUUCUUGGUGUUUGCAUAAAAUGAAAUCUUAUAAGUUAUGCUGCCAGACUGCUAAUAUCUCUUUGUGUAAUAUUCAUAGUAGCCCCAUAAUCCUCCCAUUAGAAUGGGAGAGAGUGACCAGGGAAACCUGUGCUAAGACUGGAGAGUAAAGUGGUCAUUUGAACACCCCUAAUUCACAUAGGUAUUCCACAUGCAUUGUCUUUGUUUAUGUUGUAGUCAAUCCAACUCACCUAUUUGGGAAUCAUUGUUGGCUGUCAA